AUGAACGUUUUCAAGCUUUUGGUGCCAUAUUUUAUUGCAAUCAUUUGUGCAUUAAACCAUGGCGCAUACUCAAUGAAACACUUAGGCGAGAGGCAGAAUUUUGUUCGGGACCUCAGCCAUGGAAAGAAUAAAAUGUUUGAUGAAAGACUUUCGACACAUGCUGACGCCAUCGAAAACAUCAGAAGAAAACGUUCUGUAGACCAGACGGAGCCACUGCCAGCACAGGAAUGUCCAAAAGAAUGUUAUCGGGAAGAGAAGGACAUAGCUUUACUGAGAAGGUCAAGUGUCAUUAUACGUUCUGUCAGCACGUCAGCUACAAAUGUGACAUUCGAUGCCAGAAACAGGAAACAGAAAACAGCAACUGUGGACUAUUCAAUUGUGCAGGAAUACAUCACUGCCCUAACGGACACACCAUUCCUCUACAACAAGUAUUUGGACUUAUCUAACAAUCAAAUAUCAGUUCUACCAGACGCUGUGUUUAGCGGUCUCACUUAUCUUGCGUAUUUGAACUUAUCUAGAAAUCAGAUAUCAGUUCUACCAGACUCUGUGUUUAGCAGUCUCACUGUUCUUAAUAUCUUUCUUAACGAAAAUGACUUAUCUGUUCUACCUAUCCUACCUGCUUCUAUUGAAUUGCUCGAUAUAUCAUACAAUAAUUUUGCAACUUUGCCUGCGGGUACAUUCACUAAUUCUAGUUAUUUGUCUACUUUGAAUAUCAUUGGUAACAAACUGGAAGUUAAGCAACACAUGUUUGAAGGUUUAGACAAUCUGACUGUUUUGCUGACAGACACUCCUUUUAUGUGUUGUGUUAAACCUAAGUCGGUUCCUGACGAUAAGUGUCUAAAGGAUCCAUCUAAAUUAAUGCAUUGCUGGUUUGAAGAAGCAGCCUGCAAAUCAGAAGGAGAUGUGAUAUCCUCGUGUAAAAAUUUGAUAGGUUCAGAUUUACUUAGAGUUUUUCUCUGGAUUAUUGGCUUUUGCUCUUUAAUUGGGAAUUUUACUGUCAUGUUUUACCGACUUCUUAUCGAUAGAGAUAAUAUUACAACAAGUUAUUCGAUUUUUGUAUUGAAUUUAAGUAUGUCUGAUUUUCUCAUGAGUAUCUAUCUCAUGAUUAUAGGAUCAUUUGAUAUACAUUAUCGAGAUGUAUAUGCGUGGAAUGAUCAGGAUUGGAGAAACAAUAUUGUAUGUACCAUAGCUGGAAUCCUGUCGAAUAUAUCUAGUGAAAUGUCGACGUUUCUGAUUCUUAUGGUGACAAUAGACAGAGUAAUUGUCAUAGUAUUUCCCAUGUCUCGUCUUUCUCGGCGAAAUAUAUCCGGGAAGCAAGCAUGCAUCAUCUCAUUUUUCCUGUGGUUGGUUGCUAUCACAAUCGCUGUCAUCCCUGUUGUUUCUAUGCAAUUCUACUUCAAGGGAGAAUAUUAUUCUCAGUCAGGAGUGUGUCUUGCCUUACCACUGACACGUGACGAACAACCUGGUUCGGGUUAUUCUUUUGCAGUGUUUGUUUGCCUGAACAGUUUCAUUUUCGUUAUCAUCGCCAUAGGCCAACUCUGCAUGUUUAAAAGCCUUGUAACAAGUGGUGGGGGUCGGGUAGCUUCAUCACAGACUCGACAACGAGACCUGACGGUAGCUAAAACCCUCUUCUUGGUGGUGGCGACAGACUUUUGCUGCUGGUUUCCUAUUGGAGUCAUGGGUGUGAUGUCAAAAAGUGGAUACGAGAUUCCGAAUGAUGCCUAUGCCUGGGUAAUGGUAUUUGUGCUGCCAGUCAAUGCCGCCAUCAACCCUUUCUUAUACACGGCAUCAGCAAUUUGGAGGAAGCGUCAUAGAGUACGUUGA